AUAAAGUUUAGUAAAUUAAACUUGACUAAACAUGUAUUUAACUCUAUUAAACGGCACCGGUUAUGUGUUUAAUGUGGAAGACUAUAUGGAGCUGCGGCGAAAAUACCACAUAAUAGGAGCUUUCGUGGGAACCGCCAAUAGCAAAGGCUGGAGCAGCAGUGGGACAGCUAUGCCUGUGGCGCUGACCAAAUGGGAAACGCAGUUACUCAUUGAUGAAGGCAUUUGCGUGUUGCUUAGCAAAGCCAAGGAUUUGACAAAGGAACCAACUCCAGAGAGCUUGGAGACAUAUAAAAAAGCGGCAGCUGCACGCAUACAUGCACAAGGGAAUGCUUUAAGAGCGGAGAAGCUGCGCGAAACGGAGAGGCAUUUGGACAAAAUUGUACAGGGCAAACGCAACAAGUUGUUGAAACAAAACAAAACGCAGGAGGCGGCCUCACUUACUGCCAAGGAUGUGCUCGAAGAGAUUGACAGGAGCUUUGUUUUUGAUACACAAAAUGCGCUAGUGGAGUUGCCUUGUGAACAUCCCACUAAGCACAUUGGACAGCUCUAUACCGAAACAAUCUUCGACAGCAGCUCACUGAAAUAUCGAGUUUUCCAUGAACUUUGGCAGCUUGGCAAAUUUGUUACUGCUGGCGAUGCUUUUGGCGCAGAUUUUCUUGUUUAUCCAGGGGAUCCAAUGCUCUACCACGCCUCCCACAUAAUUAUACUACAGGCCACACCCGUUAUAGCGCCCUUGGAGCUCAUCGCCAAAGUGCGUUUGUCUGUUAACGUAAACAAAAGCUGUGUGUUUGCUUAUGAGCAAGCUGAAAAUAAGAAAAUAAUUUAUCAAACCGUCGCUUGGUGCAAUCCAAGCAAAUGAUUUAGCUAGAGUGAAGAGUCAUGCUCUUCAUUUUUGUAGAGUAUCUCUAAAUCGACGUGGCUCUUUUGUAUCUCGUGCUCGCGCUCUGAGCGCAGAUCUCAUGCUGCAAUUUCGAAAAGAUUUGUUUUAUUGUGGAAAUCGGAUACAAUAACAGAGCGGAGCUGUCGUCUCUCUCCCUUGUCGCGCUCAGAGUGCGUUUAUGUAUGUGUGCGCGCACUCAUAUAAUGCUAUGGGAAAGUCAAGCAUAACAAAAACUCUUGGAUAGCGUUGUUUGUGGUACGCUUUUCAAAAUUUCUUGGAGUACAUGCGUCCUCUCCUCUCAACUGUGCGGUGUGUCUCUCAGCUUAUAUCUCACAAUCAGCCGCAGCAGCAGCAGGAGAGGGAAACUGGCACAGCAGACACAGGUUAAAAUUGCUUGUAUGUAAAAAUGAGUUUAUUAUUGCUACGACAUUCACAACGUGGAGAUGUUUGAGGUCUGCGCUUGCGGGAAACCCAAUUGUAUUAAAUAAAAAAACUACAAAUUGUAUGUAAAUGAAAA